AUGAGUAAAUCAUUGACUAAACUGACCACUACUGCCGACAACUCACCCCUCAAUACCAGUCAUAACCAAACCGCUAACACAUCAACCAUUGGUCACAUCCGUAGCGGGCAGUCAUCGGCGGUGACUAAACCGGUGGCCAAUGUGGUCGCCGGCAGUCACUUAGCGGCCAACACAUGCCAUAUGAACACAACUCAAACAAAUACUCGCAAACGUCUUCGACGGGAAGCGGUCACAGAAGUCGGUGGCCAGUCGUCUGCCGGUAGGAGUCGUAAAGUGGAGGCCGAAUGGCGUCCAAAACGCCGCAAAUACAACAUCGAUGACGACUCAGAGUCGGACAGCGAUAUUGAGAUCGUGGCGAUAGUGGACGCGCCCACCGCUCAGACCACAGGCGCCGCCACUGCCGGUCCUUCAGAACCCUCACCGCCACCAGUGCUGCCAUCAGUACCGCCGCCAUCGGCGGCAGCCGUAGACACAGCCAUACAAUCGCUGGCCGUCACACAGACGGCACCCAAUGAGGGAAGACAACAGUACGUGGAGUCAGACACCACCAGUCCUACGAUAACACCCGUGGCCUCCGAUAUGGACAUGGAUUCCGACGACAGCGUUGAGUUGUUAGACCCGUCCGACGACGACCUCUACCCUGACGCCCAUUACAGCGACAGUUUGCCCGCCGAUGAGACCACUGAAGCGCUUCCCGACAGUGAUUAUUACGACAGGUUUGACUCAUUGGUGGAACGGGUGUCCGGACUGUUGGGCCCCGACGUCAAGCCAGUGAUCGGCGCUGCGGGCGAUGUUGAUAUAAAACCUGAUCGCGUAUUAAAUGCCUGCUCAGCACCGGGUGAUAGUUUGCCACCGAUUGCCGCCCUACCAGUUGUCGAGCAGUCAAAUAUCGUUGUGUCCGUCACUACUGACCUAACACUGGCUGACGUUAAGCCACUGCUAACGGAUCCGAGUUUACAAACAUUGUCUGAACAGUCAUUGGACACCACUUUAAGCACUCAAAUCAAAAACACAGAUAGUGUUCAACCAGUGAUGACUGCAAACACUAAUCACAAAAAUAGUGAUACAAAUACUUAUAGUGAAGAAUCUAUGUUAAAACAUACGGUUGUGUCCGACAAACAGCAGCAGUUUGUCUGCGAUCGGGCCGACUGUGGCCAGAGUUUUGGCCGCGAGACACAACUCUACGCCCAUAAACGUGACGAUCACACGAAUCAUGUCCAGCAAACACCCGCCAGCCUUAUAGUGACCGUUCCGUUGGCCUAUCGGUGCCAAUACGAGCGGUGCGGCCAACGGUUCGCCAGUCAGUCGGCGCUCGACGACCACAAUGAGGACAAACACUCCGGAGAUUAUCACAAAUGCGAUGUCGAGGACUGCGGACAAAGUGUUGUCACUGAAUCGCUGCUAAAUCAUCACAAACUUAGCGAUCAUUUACUGCCAGAGCCGGACCUAAACCCACCUCUUAGUGACCAAUCGGUGCCCAAAACGGUGUCAACGGUAUAUCUAUACGAAUGCGAUUAUAAGGAGUGCUUCGGAAUGUUUGCCACCGAAGAGAUAAUGAUGAAACAUAAGAGGGCUGUCCAUCAAAAGCACGACCAGUUGUUAAUAGCGGCUCAAGAACUGUCUCGCCCUUCCGUUAAUAACACUGAAUCUCAAACACUUCCAGUGCUUUCCGACGAAGAUAAUGGAUCCGCAGUCUCUGUGGUCAACACAUUUAAUGGUGAUGUAAGCGCUGAUGGCCUGCGUUUGGUUGACAUACCUGUGCCCACACCGGCCACCGCCGAGAAUAGUAGCCGAUUAUGGGAUACGCUGUUACGAGUGGGCACUCAUCCGCCGGCUAUGACAGUAACCCUCAACCACCCGGACAUGAGUGAUGUUAUUCCCGACACGAUUCCAGCGCUCGACACCGUUUUGUCUGCCGGUGAUAAGUCACCGACCGGUCCAUUAGUGCCGCCGCCGUUACCGCCGCCCAGUCUAUUGACAGUUGGUCUCGACGUACCGGGAAACGCCGGCGCCGUCGAAGACAAUACUACCAGCCGUUCGGGCCAUACAGUGGCCUACAGUCCGAAGACUAUCAUUACCUACAGUGAGAAGCGAUACAAAUGUGACAAAUGCUCGCAAACCUAUCUCUUGAAAGCUGAGCUAAACCGACACCAAAAGGACAAACACGGGGCCAGCGAUAAGUCACCCACACGUCGGUUAAUACGGCCGCCCAGUCCAUCGCCGCCGCCGCCGACCAUUGGUCUCAGCGAACCGAUAGUGUCAUCGAUGGCAGUGCUCUCUGAACUGUCAUCAAUCUCUUCGGAAGACACUUAUCAU